CGCUCCUGCACCUGCCCCACCGCAUUGAUAAGGUGGUCGGGAGCUCCCCUACCCCUGGGUGUGAAACCCAAUGUUUAGAGGGCCGGAGAGUCAACUUGGCAGGCGCUGGCACACCGAGGGAGAGGAGGGGUGACCCUGGAAAUGGACCCGGGCUGAUGCGAGGGUCGCGGAUACCACGUCACCGGGCACCAAUGACCUGGGGGAGAGGGAGGAUGCAGGGAGCAGAGAAGGAAAGGAGGAAGUUCUCGCUCUAUGCAGCGGCUGUGGUAGGAAGGGCAGCUUGGCUUGGCUGAAGUCAAGACACAUACAUACCACUGUAUGGAGGUGGAUGAUAUCUUCCUGAACUGGAACAUUCUGGAACACAUAAACAAGGUCUGAAGACAUACAGGAAGUACUCAGCUCUUCCCACUGGAUGAAAGGAGAAAGCAUUGCUCCACAGGACUUUGAGCUGCUCUGGGAGUGAUCAGGCCAGUACUGAGGGCGGAAGUGCCCCGCAGUCCCUGCCCAUCCCUAGAGCAUCAGUGAGUUCAACUUUGGGACAAUGGCAGUGGCACUGUUGGAGGACUGGUGCAAGAUCAUGAGUGUGGACGUCCAGAAGUCGCUGAUGGUGACUGGCAUACCAGUGGAAUGUGGUGAGGCAGAGAUCCAGGCUGUCCUUCGGGAGGCACUGAAGUGUGUGGGCAGCUACCGACUGCUGGGCAAGAUAUUCCGUAAGCAGGACAACAGCAGUGCCGUCUUGUUAGAGUUCGUGGAGGACAUGGAUGUCUCCGUGGUCCCCAAAGAGGUGCAGGGAAAGGAGGGUGUCUGGAAAGUGGUCUUUAAGACCCCUAACCAGGACACUGAGUUUCUCCAAAGACUGAACCUCUUUCUAGAAAAAGAGGGGCAGACAGUCUUAGGGAUGUUCCGAGCACUUGGGCACGAAGGAGUGUCUCCGGCUAAUGCGCUUUGCACAUCCCCAGAGUUACUGGCUCACUUGGUGGGGCAGGCGGUGGUCCAUGCCCCUAGGCCCCUGCUGCCCACGAGGCACUGUAAGCUGAGAAUGUUCUCUGGGAGCACAGCUCCCGCCCCAGAGGAAGAGCCCUUUGAGGUUUGGCUGGAACAGGCCACUGAGAUAGUCAAAGAAUGGCCCAUUCCCGAGGCAGAAAAGAAAAGAUGGCUGAUGGAAAGCCUGCGCGGCCCUGCCCUGGACCUCAUGCACAUACUACAGGCGGACAGCCCGUCCAUCAGCAUGGAAGCGUGUCUGGAGGCCUUUAAGCAGGUCUUUGGGAGCCUAGAGAGCCGCAGGGCCUCUCAAGUGAGAUACCUGAAGACCUAUCAAGAGGAGGGGGAGAAAGUCUCAGCCUACGUACUUCGGCUGGAAACUCUGCUCCGGAGAGCCGUGGAGAAGCGGGCCAUCCCUCGGAACAUCGCCGACCAGGUGCGCCUGGAGCAGGUCAUGGCUGGGGCUAACCUUAGCAACGUUCUCUGGUGCCGGCUGCGGGAGCUGAAGGAUCAGGGCCCACUCCCCACCUUCCUGGAGCUGAUGAAAGUGGUAAGGGAGGAAGAAGAGGAAGAGGCCUCCUUUGAACAUGAGAACAGGGAGGAGCCAAGGGAAAGGGAGGGGUAUGCCCGAUGGGACAGAGACAGGAACUGAACACCAGCUGUGAGACUGUCCUCUUCUUACUCCCCAGCGGCAUAACACAGGGACAUUGCUUGACAAAGCUAACCCCAUUACAGUGCUUUUUUCAAUGUACAGGAUCAAAGUUGAGGCAUUGGAACAGAGUGGUUUGUUUUUGUUUUUGAACAGGGUCUUGGCUGUAGCUGAGACUUGCCUUGAGUCAUCCUGCCUUGGUCUCUCCAGUACUAAGCUCCUGGGUUAGAAGGGUGCGCCACCAUGAGACUUCCAUCUCAAUUUUUAUUUCUAAGAAAAAAAAAACUGGAGUAUUGUAGAAUAUUAAUAAGUAAAAGACUAAAUUCCAGAUCGUAGAAAGCCUAAAGAAACCUGAAACACCCUUAUUUCAGUUUCUGUGAACACAGCAGGGUCAGCAAAAUGGCUCAGCCCCUCUUCAGAGGGGAGAGAUAGAAACUGGCUAGGUAGUUCAGGGCCAGUGACCUUGAAACCAGCAGUUCCAAGAAUGUGCUUCGUUCUCUGUCCAGAAAGGCCUGAAACAUGUUCUGGCUUCCUCUCUCCCCACAAAUGAGCACCCUUCCUGGAGGCUAUCCAUGACACUAGGACUGAAACUCCAGUUCAGACACUAAUCCCUUCUGGAGAACAGCUUUGGAGUUGGAUCUCUAGAUUUUCAGGAUAAAAGGGUUAUAGCCAUCCCGCAAGUACAGACCAUCUCCUACAUGAUGUUAAGGUUACCUCUUCAGAGGGGAUAAUGUUACAGUAGCCCCUGUUCAAAGCUAUUUGCUUCUGAUCAAAAUAACGGAAUCUAGCUCUGGAGGGGUAGAGACGUAACAUUCCAAGCUACCCAAAACAUAAGAGUUAAUCCAGUUGGGCCUGUUAGUCACCUGACUGAGGGACCACUGGUCAGGAUGGCAGAUUCACCUAACACCGUAUGAAAGAGAUGGGAGAAAUAAUUAUCCCCUCCACCUCAAAUACACACUAGGUAGUCUCGAGCAUACUGAUGACCAAGUCUGAGCAUAUCCGCAUUCACAGAGUUUGCUUUUGUUUCCAGACUGACCCAUUCAGUGCAGAACAAACCUGCCUGCUGGUAUUGGUGUACAAAUUCCAAACUUCCUGUAAUUGUACAUAGACUUGAAAAGCUGUAGUGUCUCGUGAGUAUGCAUGCCAGGUCGAGUGCAUUAGGACACCAUAAACAGCACCAGUUACGUGCUAGGCAGAGGCUCCAACACAGCCUCACGGUAGACUUGCGUACUGAAAGUAAGUUUCUUAGUUUCUCUGAAUAUCAAUUUCCUUUUCUGAAAAUGGGCUGCCAUGAGACUCAAAUGACAUGAUGCCUCUUAAGUGCUUAAGUUAUGUUUGGAACUUAGAAAUUGCUUGGUGCAGUGAAGAUCUUGGUGUUUUCCUGGUAGUUGUUGUGAACUCAAUACAUGCUCUCCCAACUCUAGUUAUACAGGAACAAGUAUAGAUGCCACAGCCUUCCAUUCUAAAUGUGAUCCUCUUGCAUUUAAGAACUACUUAAGCUCUUCUUAGAAAUCAAUGUGCUUGCUAACCAUCUCUCACAUGUGUGGUAAGUGGUCUCGAAGCUGUCUAUGAUUGUUAGCAACAUGACUUUGAAAUGAUAACUUGUUCUUCCAGAUUAUGGGUUCUUUUCAUUGAAUAAUAAGAGGUUGUAAGAAAAGCAUUUUUAAAAAGUAGUCUUCAUUUGUGACCAUUUAUCUUCCUAAAACCUGUAUCUCAACUCUAUUCAGAGACAGUGAUGUGAUUGUUGUCUGUCGCCCCCUGACUCCAUAUGGUUCCAUGUUCAUGGAAAUGACCUCGCUGUUAUCAUCCAUGAACAGUCUACAGUUAAAUGUUACCAAUGUGAAAUUGUGAAAUAAAUCUGUGCCAAUUAAAUCCCAA